ACCUCAGCCAGUGCGGGAGCUGCCUCUCGCCUCCUCUUAGAACUUCUUUUCUCGUGGGGUCUUUUUAGAUUUCCAGUUGGUUUCGUUGAUGCAAGUUUCACUUCUUCCGAGUGUUGAUUGCGGUGCUCGUGUGUGUGUCUGCUUGUAGAGGAUCAUAUGUGUGUGGAACGACUUUUCCUCCGUCUUUGGUUUUUUGGAAGCGGUUCAACGUGAUCUCGCUGCGACCGAGGUGGUGAGAGAUGGGGAACAGCUCAUCGGCGCAAUCGGUGCACCUGUCGCAGGCGCCAAGGUCUCUGGGAGAUGCCAGGUAUCAUCAAGCCCGAAUUCGUCCUCAUUCCCAGCAGGCCUUCCGUUCGAUCGACACGGACGAGAGGCGUCGAGAUCACAAGGACCACCCUUCUCGUCCUCGAUACGGACUCUCGCCCCAGUUCAAAGUCCUUCCGGAAGUCCACGGCCCCCCUCGGCAACUGCUGAGACCCACGGAGUUGGGCGAACUGCUGAAAAAGGGCGGGACCAUCACGGGUCGACGUCGAGAAGCCCUGAUCCUGGAGGAGCAGCAGAGGAGAAUGGCCAACGGCGACGACCACAGACGGAAGAUGGGCCGACGGAUCGAGAAGGAGAGCUACAAGAAAUUCGGCAGCGAGCCGGACUUGAGGGAGCCCGUUUCCUACCUGCCGAACGGCCACGCGUCCUCGGCCGUGAUCUUGGACGAGGGUCCGACCAAGGCUCGAGCCCGAACCAAGAAGAAAUACAAGGCUCCGUCUCCUCCCGAUCCCAGGGAGGAGAGCAGGGAAGUCUACCGCAACGGUGACGUCUUCCGCAACGGCGACGUCGUCCAUCGCCCGCACUAUCGUCCGAAGUCUCCGUCGUCGGAGAGCAGCGAGAAACGAUACCGUCGCCUGAGACUCUUCCGACCCAAGUCCGAGAUGAGGAAACCCAUGAAACAUUACGAAGAGGAAUUAUCCGUCCACCGCGCGAGCAACGGCGGACGAAGGUCGGCGUCGGAGGACCGCAUCCUCGGACCGCUGGUGACGAGCAAGCACAAGGCGAAGAGCAUGGACUGCCUGAAUGCCAGCUCCCAGAAGUGGAUCGCCGCCUUCGACAACUCCCUGAGCGUGGACCACCCGUUCUACGUCCCCAGACCGGAAGCGGCCGAAAGUCACCGGAGUCGAAGUUCGAGCAAGAGCAAGACGUCCUCGGGACUCGCGAAACCGAAGAGUACGGAAAGGGAUCGGUCGAGGGAGCGAUCGAGGGAGCGAUCCCGCGAGGACGCGACGAGUGCAGCCAGCAGUCGCAGUCGAAGCCUGACGCAUCUCCAGGUCGAAAAGUCGCGCAGCGAAUCCCGGCCCAGAUCCGCCGCUUCCUCCAAGGAACCGGUGAAGAAAUUCUACUUCGGGAUGUCACCGGACGACUCGCCCCUCCAGGCGGUGAACGUCGCCCUGACCGAGCCGGGCGAACUCAAGAUCCGGGGCGAGACGGUCGAAUACACGCGAAGGAGUCGGGAAAGGGUCGGGGAAUGGGAGGACGUGAGGAGCAGCCGCGGCAGCGGCAGUCGCACGACCGCGCCCGAAGUCGCGAAACCCGGCAGCCACGACGGGGAAUCCGCGAAAAAGCUGCAGGACCGAGUGGGCGGACGGCGACAGAGGAUCCAGGAUCGCCGCCGCAGCAAGAGCGCCCUCGGGAACCUGAACGCCAUCGACUUCGACGAACUCGACGCUCGACAUCGUAUGAGCGACCGGAAGUUGUCGGAGGUGGUGGAUCAGUUCGCCUCGAAGCUCCACUCGCAGAAGCAAUCCCUCCAGAGCCCCGAGAAGAACCCGAGCCGGGCGACGAAGGACGCGAGUCGAAGCACGGCGACGACGACCGACUCCAGCGAAGACGACAUCCAGGUGAAGCUUCGACCCACGCUGCCCCGCAAACAGCCCGAGAUCCCUCAUUUCUCGCCGAGUGCAGCGUGGAAGGCCCUGAGCCUCGACAGGGCCAGGGGGAAACCCAUCGACGGGACGGAUUCCCAGCUCCAUGCCCCGUCUCCGUCGAGCGAGGAAGACUCACCGGUCCACGGCCUGUCGCGCCCGAUGCCGCCGCCGCUCCACCGGCGGAAUUUGGAGAAAUCGGCGGAUUCCGGGAUUUCCGGCGACGCGAGUCCCUACCCCGACAAGACGAAGAGCAGCGGCCCCGUCGCCGUGUCGUCCCCGCUCCCGUCGGCCGGCAAGGCGAACCACCACUGGACGCCGGAACAGGACCUGGACGAGAGCAUGGGGAGCAACGGGACGUCCCCGUCCUCCCAUCCCGCCAGGCCGUCGCCCCCGCCCCUGCCCGCGCGGGGUCCGUCCACGCCGCCGAAAUUGAUCAAGAGGAACUUCAUGUUCCCCAGUUUCUCUCUUCCGAGGGCCUUGGAGGGGAGCAGCCAGGAGAGCGGCGACGAACUGCACCGCGGGGAAAGGACAAAGAGAAAGAAGAAAAAAGGCGGCGAACCGCAGAACUUCAAUAGCCUGAGACGCUUGAAACGGUCCGUCUCGAAUGCCUUGCACGGCCGGAGCAAGACGCCGGACGCGGAGCGCAUUCUUCGAGACGACAACUGGUCUCUCUCCAAGAGCGUUCCCGGCUCCUUGAACCGGAAAGAAGACGAAUUCCAGGCCUUCCUCUACAGCGACGAGAGGAUGGGCUCGGAACUCGUACGCACGGCCCACGGCGCCGUGGAAUCCCCGGACUUGGAAAAGACCCGCGUCACGAAUUUUGUGAGCCAGGACGAACCGUCCUCCAUCAUGACGUUCUACUCCACGGGUGGACACAUCGUCUACCUGCCGGAAUACGAGAGUCGGAAGGCCUCUCGUUCCAGGCCGUGUUCGGUGAACAUGGACCGACGGGACGUGUGGCGCGAGGGCGACGAAAGGCCCCAUUCCGUGCACGGAGACGUGUACAAGGCCACGUACACCCACCUGUUCACGGAGGAGCUGGCCCCCCCGGCGACCCGUCGAGCCACCGGUCCGGGAGCCGAUCUCGUCGUCUCGGAAGCCAUCGCGAACGGGAAGCGGAAA